AUGACCUGGAAAGAGUUGAAUCAGACAACAUCGUCAAGUACCAACGAAGACUUGGUCGAAAACAGAGAUUUUUUGUUUGUUUAUUUAUUCAUCUUCGUUCUGAUUUCUCGUCAGACGAAGAUUUGAUUUUUUUUAUCUCUUACCAAAUCUCGACCUGUUUUUCUACCCUUUCGUCCUCCUCUGUUCUCUGUGUUUCUCUUCAGAGUCAUGAGAUUCGACGCCGGGUUAACUCGGUCGAACCUCGACUGCUUUCUCCAUUGCACAGCACCAACAGUCAAAUCACGAUUCCUUCCCAAGAGUGAAAUUAGGAAGCUUAAUCGUUUAUGGAACCACCGGGAGAAAGAAAAUGUGGAGUAUUUCACAUUAUCUGAUCUUUGGAAUUGUUACGGCGAAUGGAGUGCGUAUGGAGCAGGAGUUCCGAUCACGUUGAACGACUACGAAGCCUUAGUUCAAUAUUACGUCCCGUAUCUCUCCGCCGUGCAAAUCUUCACCAGCAGUUCUCCGGUCAACGGCUUAAGGGAAGAGACGGAUUCCUUCAGCGACGAGAGCAGCGACGAGAGCGACACCGACAAGUUAUUGCGGUGGGACGGAUGCUCGUCGGAGGACGGCGGUUCCGAGCAAGAUAGCAGGUUGGGUUUCCUUUACUUUCAGUAUUUCGAGAGAUCAACUCCUUAUGGAAGGGUGCCGCUCAUGGAUAAGAUUAAUGGAUUAUGUGGAAGAUUCCCAGGUUUGAUGUCAUUGAGGAGCGUUGAUCUUUCUCCAGCAAGUUGGAUGGCAGUUGCUUGGUACCCAAUUUAUCACAUUCCCAUGGGGAGGACCAUAAAGGAUUUGUCCACAUGCUUCCUUACUUACCACACUCUAUCAUCUUCACUCCAAGAUACGGAGGGUGCCGGUGAUGACGGCAUCUCGCUUCCGCCGUUCGGGCUGGCCACAUACAAGAUGCAGGGGGGCGUGUGGGUGUCGGGCAAUGCCGGACGCGACCGAGAGAAGCUGGGGUCGCUUUUGAGCGCGGCGGAUUCGUGGCUAAAGCAACUUGGGGUCCGACACCAUGACUUCGACUACUUCAGGGGGAUUCGACAUGGCUAAUGUUGUUGUUAUUGCUCCCUCAUUUCCAGUUCUUGGAAUUUUGAGCUCCUCCUCCUCCU